AUGACGACACAUCCCGAUAUGGCUUCUUCUAAGAUGGCUUUUUCUGAGAUGGCCUCCUCGGGCAUGUCUUCAACGCCAUUUCUGCCAAUACUGAACAAUCCAAUACAGUUUCACUCCUCUCGUAGUCCGAAAAGCUGUACUCUUAAACCGAAUCAAUGUGCCCUAAAAGAUAGCUACUGGGUAUUCUGGUACCAGGCGGAUCUGGCUUACUGCCUCCCCGUGGUAUAUCUUUUCGUAUCUGCCAUCACACUAUUCACCGUUGGUAGAUUCGCCUCCGACUUUACUCCGGCCACCGUGACCCAAAGAAAAUCCUGGCGCUGCUGCGUGUCUGCUGUUCGUUUCCCAUCUUACAAGAGUUGUCGAAUUGGUAGUUGGCAAUCCCAGUCUCUCAGAAACCUCCUCCUCGCGGCAUUCGGCGUCGUCUUUUUUUCAGCGCUAACCUUGGGACCCCAGCCGUACUACUGGCCAACUGACGCUCGCUAUGGAAACUCGCCUCCUAUCGCUACGCGGACUGGGAUGGAUGGCUUUGGCCUGCGUGUCGUUUAUACUCGCCUUCGGGGCCAAAGCCAACAUGGUUACUGCAUUAACCGUUGGGUUAGCUGGGCGAUGCUGGUACUGGCCCUCGUCAACACAUUUCCUUUCAUCGUCUACCAUCGUGACAAAGGCGAUUUGGCCGCCGCCUUUCGCACAGGAGGCGUACGGUUGACCGGCGUGAUUGCCAUCAUCGCCCAAGCCUGGCUAACAUUCAUGUCCGUCUCGUGGAUUCGAAAUAAGUGGUACGAGUUCUUCAAGUCGACGCAUUACUUCUCUGCAGCCGUCUUCCUGAUUUUCUUUUUCCUCCGCCCCAGGAUGGCUCGGAAACAGGAAGAUGUUAGCCUCAGAGUUCUCUUGGAGGGUCCAUAUGCAGGUUUGCCUGCGCGCUGGUACAAGGGAUUUGACCGCACGAUACUCAUCGCAGGCGGCUCUGGGUCCGUAUUUACUUUGCCGCUUAUUGAGGAUUGGCUGAGUCGGCGUGAUUCAAACUCUACAAGUGAAUUGAAAGUCGUCUUGGCUACUAAAGAUGUAGAAAUGCGAAUAUGGUAUACCGAGGAAUUGCAGCGUGUUGCAGAGCGACAGUGCGGUUCUGGAGCAACCGAGUUUCCCGGAGUAGGUGUACUUCUCCAUGAAACGUAUGAUUCAGCUGUGGAGAUUCCAGUAUCAAGAACCACAUCUUAUGGUAGUGAUGAGGAGAAGGGCAAGGAAGAGCAAAGAGUACAGUCAUCUGCCAACUCAACUACCUCCCUCUUUGGCAUCAAGGUCUUCCGUGGACGCCCAGACACAGGGGCCACGGUUAGGGAGACGUCACUCCAGCAGUCUGUUGGCACUGUUGGCAUUGCAGUCUGUGGGCCAGCCGGAAUGGUGUACGACGUUGCAAGUGAGGCGGCAGCACAACAGCAACGUAUUAUGAGUGGACACGCUGGGACGUCUGAGGUUUGGUUUCACUUGGAAUCAUUCUCGUAA